AUGGGCCUUGUGUUGACAGCCUGGGCAGCAGCCCGGAGACCAGCCGCCUUCGUGCCUCUCUACCUCGCCUCUGUAGCUCUUGAUGGUGUGGAUGGAUGGGUGGCCAGGAGGCUCGGGCAGACCUCCAGGUUUGGGGCCUGGCUGGACGUGGUGGUAGACAACCUGAGCAGGGGCAUGCUGUGGAGUCUGCUGGGCGAGUGGGGCUGGCUGGUGUCUGCAACAGAGUGGUGUGUGUUCGUGUGUAACCACAGUACCAGAGGUGCCAGCUGGAAGAGCGACUUCACCAGCAGCCCCCGCUGGGUACAGGCCGUCAUGGCAAACGGUUUCCGGACCCCUCUGGGUGCAUGGGUGAUCGGCGGAAUACACUGCCUACCUCUGUGGCUGUACGGGAUCCGAUGGGAUCUGCUGUCCCACCCCUUAAACCUGCCUCCCUGGCUUCAAGCGCUGGGGACUCUUGUGCUGGCUGUCGGGAGACUGUUGGGUCUGUCAGUGGAGAUGUGGUGCAUAUGGGCACACAUCAAAUAUCUCACUGCAGAUGAGAUGGAGGAGAAGAAGGACUAAGGACUACGGAGCCAAAUCAUCCCUAACUGACCACGGCGACCCUCGUUGGACAGUCGGUCAGUGUGUCUGUGCCGUCAACACUGUUCCUGCCACUGAAUGAUUUGUGAGGUGGGGUCCAGCUUGCUGUCCUCUGCUGCCUUGCAGUGGCUGGAAUUUAAAAUGUUGAGACUGGUGUCGAAGGCUAUUUUCAGAAACACAUUGUCGUGACACUGUCCUGUAGCAAAACACAUUCAUAGCAAGCAAGUUUACCUAUAUAGCACAUUUCAUACACAGGGCACUUCCGAGUGCCUCGCACAACUCAUACCCCGUGUACAACUGGCAGUAACCAUCCGCCCCAUCGGAUGUUAACGUGAUCGUGUUUACUGGUGUAGAAAUCCGGGUGUAAAUGUCCCCGGAAUAGGUUUGGGAUGGAUUGUAACCCGGUUGCUUUACUUGUUCGAUGCUAACGUUGCAUAUGGGGAAGGCAGUUUAUUACAAUGACAGUCUGUGACAGCAUGCCGCCUGCCUCGAAAGACAGAGGCUUCGGAAAGUAUUCAACUCCCCCCCCCCCCCGAAUAGCUUGUGUUUUACCAUACUGCAAAGUCAAAACAGGUUUACAAGGGACUUGCUUUUUCUAUUCCUCUUUAAGGUAUUCUGUAUGAUAUCAAAACCAAAUAUAUGUCUUCAGAAUUACAUUAAAAAUCAAAUUCUGAAAAUGUGUAAGUACUC